AUGGAGCAUCUUCCUGUUGAAGUUGUUGGAAACAUAUUGUCUAGGCUCGGAGCUGCCCGAGAUGUGGUAAUGGCUUCUGCAACUUGUUCAAAAUGGCGAGAAGUUUACUGCAAACAUCUUCAAACAUUUUCAUUCAAUUCCAGUGAUUGGCCUGUUUAUCGUGAUUUGCCAAGUCAAGUUCUAGAAAUCUUAAUAACUCAAACCAUAUUUCAAACAACGGGAUUAGAAGCACUAUAUAUUCUGUUAGAUGCUAAGUUCUUGGCUUCCACCGUCAUUUCUUGGCUCAUGUAUACUAGGAAAAAAUUGCGGCGAUUGUUCUGUAAUGUUCAAACUACUCCAAGUGUAAAGAUACUUGAAAUAUUUGGCUGGCAUAAGUUGGAAACUUUGGCCUUGGCACAUAAUUCCAUUAGUGGGGUCUUUAAAAGAUUUCCUUGUUUGAAAUCCCUAUCUUUAAGAUUUGUUAGUAUUUCAGCACUAGAUUUAAGUCUUCUUCUCAUUGUCUGCUCGAAAAUUGAAACCUUGGAACUUAUCGAUCUAGAAAUUGCAAUGUCAGAUGAAGAUGAGGAAUUGACAGUUGAGCUGAUCAAUCCCACAUUGAAGACUCUUUAUGUUGAAGCAAUCAGUUUGGAUAAGCUUAUAUUGCAGGUAGAUAGCAUUGAGCGUUUGAACUUGAAAUUUUGUGCCUUUGAGGAUUUCAAAAUUGUCAGAAAGGGGACUUUAAAGCAGCUCAAGACUGAUGAUGUUAGUUUAUUCCAUCUUGAUACUGUUGAGACUGUAGAUAUCAGAAAAUUCUCAAUAAGGUGGCCAAAGCUCUACAAGAUGAUCUUAAGAUCAUCAAAAUUAAGAAGAUUUCAGCUUUGGGAUAUGGUGGUUUUUAAAGAAGAUGAGAUUGUGGAUUUGGAAACAAUUGCUGUUAGUUUCCCACAGCUGACCCACCUUUCAUUGUAUUAUGAUUUUAGCGUUGGAGUGGUUCACUAUGGUCUGCAAGAAAGGUCUUCUCAGUUGGUGAAUUUGACAUUUUUGGAGCUUGGUUGGACUGUAAUUAAUGAUUUCUUCCCAGGUUGGGUUGAGGUGAUGCUGAAACGAUGCACAAAUCUAAAGAAGUUGGUCAUUCAUGGGGUUAUUCCGGAGGUCAAAACCCAUAAGGAAUGCCAGAUGCUGGCUGAUUUCACGUCUGCCAUUGUCGAGCUCAUAAGAAAAUACAUUCAUUUGGAGGUGAAAUUUUAUUUCGAGUAG